CUACAGUCCUAUAGCGCGGAUACAUCGUGACCGCCAUAUCUUAUUCCUUUCUUUUGGUGUCGAACACGAUGGCUAAGUCGUCUUCUCAGGCCGGAUCGUCGCCUUACAGUGAGUACAUCAGCAAGGCUGAAGACGUCGCCGAUCAGAUUCUUCGUAACAGCAAACAUGUGCUCCCUCAUUUCGCGCGGUUUUGUCUGAUCUCGACGUUCUUCGAAGAUGGAUUUCGGAUGUGGUUCCAGUGGGAUGAACAGCGUGACUACAUGGACCAGACGUGGCACUGUGGCUAUGUGCUUGGAACGCUUUUCGUGCUUUACAAUUUAGUUGCGCAGUUAGCGGGUUGUGUUAUGGUCUUAUCGAGACAGAAAGUUGAAAUCGCCGUGGGAAUGUUGUCGUCUGUUAUUGUAGUUCAAACCCUGGCUUAUAGCAUCCUUUGGGAUUUCAAGUUUUUGCUCAGGAACCUUGCCCUUGCUGGUGCCUUGUUACUUCUUCUGGCUGAGUCACGUUCUGAGCAAAAGAGCUUGUUUGCAGGCGUACCAUCCUUGGGUGGCAACACUCCGAAAACAUACCUACAGCUCACUGGACGAGUUCUUCUUGGCUUCAUGUUUGCAACCCUCAUCAAGUUUAGGUUUUCUUUUGUCUACAUUUUGCAGGAUGUAGUAGGUACAAUUCUGAUGGUCCUAGUUGCUGUGGGAUACAAGACCAAACUUGCAUCCUUGGUGUUAGUUCUUUUGCUCACCAUUAUAAAUGUCUAUAUGAAUCCUUGGUGGAUGUACCACUCACAGUCGCCAUUGAGAGAUUUCCUCAAGUACGAUUUCUUCCAGACCACUUCUGUAAUUGGUGGAUUGCUGUUGGUUGUUGCCCUUGGUCCAGGUGGUGUCAGUGUCGAUGACUAUAAGAAGAAGUGGUAAAGCGGGAAAAGAUUGGUGUAGACAUUUUUCAACAAACAGGAGUGAAUUUUAAUCAUAAUCCUUUCAGUUAUUAGCUCAAGAUAGUGGUUCUUUCUGCCGUACAUAAUUUCCAUUGAACACUGUAAGUUUUGAGAAACGUGGGUACAGUAGUUUGUCACUAUGAUAUCAGUCUCCUAGUUUAAAUCCAUUAUUUUCAUCAACAAUGUAGAUUUGUCAGUAAAGAGAAAGUUAUGGUGGUCGUCCUGGAAUGCAAAGGGUUAAAGGAAUGAAUGUUUGUCAAACAUUCUCAUUUUGGAGGGUUGUCCAGUACACCUGAACUGAGUCUGAUCGACUAAGAUGGUUAACAACCCAACACACCAGAGGUUUUGUCGCAAGAUACAACUCGUUCUGAGUUGGAUUAUUGCAACCCAUCUCAUGAACAGUCGACCUGACUUUUUUUGUGUGUAUUGGACAUGGGUGUAAUUUCACGGCUAACUUGUGAAGUCUUAUAACUCACUUGAAUAAUGUAAAGUGUAUGGGUUUGUGCUUUCAGAAAAUUGUGGAAGUUGUACAUGUAAGUCUAUGCUCCCUUUAUAGUGUGUAUCACUGUGUGGUGCUUUGGGUUUAAAAUUCUCCUGUUUUUAUAACUUAACUGAUUUCUAAUGACAACCAUCAGAUUUAUGAUACAGAUUUAAUUUUUGUUUUGCUCAGUGCUUCAGCUGCAAUGGCCGCAACAUGAUUUUUCAUGUUUAGUAUUACAAAAAGAGUCGUAACUACAUGUAAUAAAUUAUAAUAUUUCAUCUCUACAUUUUUGGACAUUUGUUAUUUUGACUUCAGAUUUCCUAAGAAA